AUGGCCAUGGUGGGGGAGGUCAACAAUGACAAGGUCCAAGGCACACGCGACAACGCGACAUUCGAGGGUGUGAUAUCGCUCUCUGUCUCGACCGCAACCCGGUAUCUGGACGGCCUUGCAACGGGAUCGAAAGGGAUCGCGGCGCGCAGGGAGACCGGUCAAGCGACGCGCGCAGGCAGCAGAACGCGUCGACAGGGGUCAGCAGCGACGCCCGAGAACACGGUAGCGAGUAUCCAUCGCGCGGGGAGACGCUCUGCCGGGCGCAUCGGCACCCCAGGCGGCGCUGGCAAACGUUGGGCCGACAGACGCUGGAUAACGGAGCGAAAGCGUCCUAGCGCAUGUGCAGGAGCGGCAGGCAAGCCUAGCUCAGCCAGGCGGCAGUUAGCUGCGAUUAUCAUUCCCGCACAAUCUCUCUUCGGCUCACCUGCUUUUCAUCCUCAUUGUACGCGCUUAUUCGGCCUAGGAGCGCUCGCCUGACGUCGCCCUUGAAAAGCACGGACGCUGCUUCCCUCCAUUCUUUGUACUCCC